AUGACGGCGAAAGUGUCCGGCUGCCGGAAGCGCGGGGCGGAGGCCUUCAUGGAGGACCCCUUCGCGGCGCUCCCGCCGCUGAACGCGAAGAGGGGGCGAUGCUCGCCGUCCGCCGCCGCCGACGUGGCGGAGCUCGGGGUCAGCAUGGACUUCGACCCCGUCGACGCGCUCCAGCUCAUCUUCCCCGGCGCCGACCCGCAGCUUCUUCGAGGCUAUUUCGAAGCGUCGGGAAAUGUCUUGGAUGCUGCAAUCAGAGGCUUCAAGGAUUAUUUGGCGUCGGGUUCAGCACCGACCAAUGCUCAUGCGGCCUCAUCUGGCGUGGCAUCUGAUGUCCCGGUGAUGAAGAUGAAUAAUCUGAGAAACGGCACUGAAUGGGCGGAGCUAAUUGUCAAGGAGAUGUCAGCUGCUUCAGAUUUGAUCGACGCCAAGAAUCGAGCCUUCAGGAUACUUGAAUUGUUCGACAAAUCUGCCGCAGACUGCAAUACUCCUGAUGAAAAGCAGAAAAUGCGUGAGGAGCACAAGAUACUGAAGCAGAUGCUGGGAGGCCUGCUACACCAGAACGGCGUCCUGAAGAGGGCCUUUCUUAUCCAGCACAACCGGCUCAAGGACUACCAGGACAUGGUGCAGGAGCGGUCCCAGUUCAAGGAGAUCGUCGACAAGUACCAGCAGCAGAUCAAGGCGCUAGAGGAUAGGAACUAUGUGCUGUCGUUGCAUCUCGCGCAGUCGGAUCAUCGGAGUGGCAUAUCUGGGCACCGCAACCCCGACAUCUUCUAG